GAGGGGGGAAUGUCAAUGUCAAUAUCAAUAUCUAUGUCACCAUCUGUGUCUGUGUCUGUGUCUGUGUCUGCGUCUAUAUCUAUAUCUAUAUCUACAUAUAUCCUCCUUCUCGCUUCUUCCUCUUCCAUCCUUCCUUCCCCUUUCUCCAAAUUCACAUAGCCUUUCGAAUUUGCGAUAUUAUAAUAUAUUAUCUUGCAUUAUCUUGCUAUCAAAUACCCCCAAAGAAUCACAACCACAUACGAGUACCAGACACUUGAAACAUUCAGACUCAUCCCAACUUCCGUGGCUUAUUGGGUACCGCUACUCUGCUGAAUCAUUCCAAAUAAGCUCAUUUACCAUUCGUUGCCAUUACCCAGGGGGUCACCCAUCUUUCUUCCCUUCCCUUUCCCACCCGCCAUCACCGCCACCACUUCUCUUCAAUCAAUCUCAGGAUUCCCUUCCCUACGUCCCUUGAUUUCUCUCCAGAGUAAUUCUAUUCUAUCCUACCCUUUACCUCAGUACAUAGCAUAGUCAAUAAUAACAAGCAAAAUCAUUUUGCAUCUGUCCACCAAGUCUGCUGCUCCAUUCUCUUGCAUACAUACCUGCAUGUUCCUCUGACUUUUAGCCUUUACUACAAAUCAGAUCAACAUUCGAUUCGAACAUUCUGCCUCCUCCGAAAUCUCUCAAGCAAUCACAUUUGUUUGCAACGUUGGUCUUGCAGAUUAUCAAAUCGUUUACAUCAUAAGGUUAUCGAAUAACCACUUGCACACAUAUACGUCAUGGCUACACAAGAAGAGCUCGCGAUGCUUUUCGCUCGUAACCUUUCCCUCCACAACCCUCCUCCUGCCCCUGUAGAAGAGCCAAAGGAAGUUGAACCAACAUACACAUACUCAAUCUCUCAACACUAUACCCAUUCCGCACAUGUUGUUAAGCAAGCACCCAGACCUGCUUCCGAACCACCUCAAACAGAGCAACUCACAGUAGAUAUUAUACUUGCCAGACAUGGUGUCGAUUCUUCUUCUUUAUAUCCUACCCAAAUCGAACUCUUCAAGACCGCAGAUGCUACUCAGCAGAUGCGAUUGAUUGAGUUAUGGAGAAUCUGCCCACCAUACAAUGGAGGACAUGCGUUGGCACAAGAUCUGUGGACGGGUCCUUCUACUAGCCUUGAGCAAGAAGAGUCCAUGGCAAAGUCGAGAUAUGAGCGUCAAAUGAUGGAAGAAAGAAUGUCUCGAACACAAGAUUCAAGUAUGGAUGAUGAUACUAUGAGUGAUGGUAGUAGCCAUGCUCCAUUGACACCAAUUCAAGGUGGAGAUGCCCGUUGGAAUCAUGUUGAGCAUGUUGAACCUUACAUGGCAUCUGGCUAUGAGCUUUUAGCUGCACGAGAAUAUGAACAAUCGACCGGUCCUUCAAAGGAUAUCUACUCGCACUUUGGAUCGGCAGUUGGUGGACCUCAGUACAAACAAUCUACAGACCCAGUCUAUAACAAUGUCGAAGCCGUUCAUGGAUACCCAAACGUGGAAGCGAUGGAGAAUCAGUAUGGAGCAUUUCAGAACUAUCAGUUUGGUGGAUACACAAAUGGAGGCGAAGACGAGGAGAUGUUGUAAAUAAAAAUACGUUUUACUCUAGGUAGCUAUAGUUAGCACUUCUAUAGAGAUGAGAAUAUCAGGCAGGGAAUAUGGGGGAAGUUAUUGUUGUUCGGCGAGACAUUACAUGGAUUUUGUUUUUUGUUUUUGGAGGAGUAUCUGGAGGUUAUUAGGACAUUCGUGCAUGGAGUAUAUCUGCAUUCGCAUUAUUCUACAAAUUGUGUUUUUGAAGGCUAGUGGCUGGUCAAGGACGAUGAUAUCUUUGUCUUUCAUGUAUUUCUUCUUCUCUUCUUGAUUUAUUGUUCUCUUUGUGUGAGGUACGUACCUUCUGAUCGACCCACCCCUCCACCCUUUCCCCUGCCCCCUCUCCGCCUCUCCCCCUCUCCCCCCUACAACACUCAGCAUUCCAUACCUUUUUACACCAGUUUUACAUGCCAUUUCAACUUCAAAUCACAACGGCAUUCGCUACUCAAGGUACGCAUCAAUAUUCAUCCCUUCACCUUCUCCACCCCACCCCCUUUUGACUAGAAUACCUCUUACUACUCACAUGAAAGCUUCCCCUCCUGGACUGGCGACUACACCACCAAACAUAUUGGAUCUGGAUCUGGACCUGGAUUUUCGUUUGUCUUAUUCAUGCCCAUAUUCUUUGCCCGUGUAUAUAUUGAUAGGAUAGUUAUAUGAAAUGGAAUCUAUAAUUAUCUUACAAAUUUUGAUUUUUGGUUUGAGUGUGAGUGAAAGUGAGGUGAGAGUGAUGUGAUUUAGAUGUUAUGAAUAUUACUCUCUACUUCACCCAUUAACUUCUUCCUUCUCCCUCAAGCUUGUGAGUAACGUAACAUGUAAUUGAAAAUACCUUCUUUACCUUCUCGAUUGAUUCAAAUACUGAUAAAGUGAUUUGAGAUAUAAGUUUGAAAAGGAAGUGCCUUUUGAGUGUGUCGUUUUUUUUUUUCGUACUCAGUGUGCCGCUCACUCACUACCCACCACACCAAUACAUCACACCAAUCCACCCCA